AUGGAGUGUUUAGUUGAUGAAAACUGGACCAUAAAUGUAGUAUGGGAUUUUUCUAAAUUCAGACCUAUUAGCCUCUGCAAUUUUUUCAGCAAAUUAUUAUCCAGAAUUUUAGUGGGGCAGCUGGGCUCUGUUAUACCAAGAAUUAUCUUGCCCCAACAGACGGGGUUUGUCAAAGGCAGAAACAUAACGGAUAAUUACUUGCUAGCUCAAGAGUUGAUAUCCACCAUAGGCAAGAAGGCAAGAGGGGGGAAUGUUGCCCUAAAACUGGAUAUGACUAAGGCAUAUGAUCGGAUGUCUUGGAGACAUAUUAUUACCAUGUUGCGUGCAUUUGGUUUUGGAGAGCGUUUUAUAGACCUGGUCUGGCGGCUUAUUUCUAACAUGUGGUUUUCAAUUGUUGCUAAUGGAACAUCGCACGGAUUUUUCAAAUCUACCAGGGGGUUAUGGCAAGGCGAUCCACUAUCCCCAGUGGUCGUUAUUAUUGGUUCGGAAAUGCUGUCACGAGGGCUCAAUUCUUUAGCAUUGCAGCAGAAUUUUGUAGGGUUUCGAGUCCCAAUGAGCUAUCCUGUCGUCACGCAUCUAGCUUUUGCUAAUGACGUGCUGAUUUUUACCAAUGGGUCGACUACUGCUUUAAAACAAAUCAUGCAGGUGCUAGAGGCGUAUCAACUUUCCUCAGGACAAUUGGUCAAUGUUCAAAAGAGCGGAUUCUUGGUUCAUCCUACUUUAUCCCCAGCUCGGAAAAGAGUGAUUGAGAGGAUUACACAAUUCACUAGACAGGAGUUGCCCAUUCGCUAUCUUGGCUUACCUUUGUAUUUGGGAAGGAGCAAGUCAGCUUACUUUGUAGAGGUAUGUCAAGCGGUGGUGGUUCGAAUUAUGUCUUGGAAGUUAAGGUUGAUAUCCCCGGGAGGGAGGAUAAUUUUGGUAAAGCAUGUGCUCGCAUCCAUCCUAGUUCACUUACUAUCAGCUGUGACUGGAAAGUCGCUUUGGACACAGUUUAUGCAAGCUAAAUACUACAGGGACCUUCAUCCGUGCCAGGUGGAAUUGCGAAGGUUUGACUCAUCGACGUGGAGACGAAUGUUAAACAUAAGCCGACAGGUGGAGUUAGCCAUGCUAUGGGUGGUGAAUGCGGGGUCAUGUAAUUUUUGGUAUGACAACUGGUUGGGAAGUGGAGCUCUAUGUUUGAAAUCUAUAGUGAACCCUACCCACUCCUUCAAGGACUUCCUCACUAAUGGGGAAUGGAAUGGUGCUAUGCUAAGGCAAUAUAUACCGCAAGAAAUCAUCGCUCUAAUUCUAGAACACCCAGUCCCAAGUGGAGAUCGCCAUGACGAGUUGGUAUGGAGCCAGACGGCGUCGGGAAAAUUCACGUUGGCAUCGGUAUUUCAGGAGGUCCGUCAAGCUCAAAAUUACUCCGUCUUACACUCUCAGGUAUGGCAUCCUCGGAUUCCGUUGAAAGUUUCAUUCUUCAUGAUGCGUUUACUGUUGGGGAAAUUGCCUUUAACUGAUGUCUUGCGGAGGAUUGGAGUCCAAUUGGUUUCAAAGUGCUUGUGUUGCCAAGGGGGAGCGAUUGAGACACUGGAACAUGUGUUCGCGGAGGGACAAGUUGCAAAGGAUGUCUGGAGAUAUUUUGGUAGGAUUUGUGGGGUUACACAACUUGGCUCGUUACUACGGGCAUGGCUAACGGCUUGGUGGCUGUUCUCCCCUCGGCAAGCGGCUCGGAACAUUGCAUACUACGAAGGAAGGCAGAUGUCAGUGGCGAGGAUUUGUCAUGCCAUUUUGUUAGAUGUGAUAGGGGUGGUUGAGAUUCAGUUUAACCAGAAGCUUGAGGUGCACACGUUUCUUCAGCUAUAUGAGUGGACAACUCAACAAACAUCGCGAUAUAGUUUUCACCUGGUGUGGUGGAAGGCGAAAGAGGCGGGAUUGCUAACACUAAAUACGGAUGGAUGCUCCAAGGGAAAUCCAGGAGUAAGUGGUGGUGGGGGAAUACUUCACGACUCAUCGGGAUUGCCAUUAUUUGCAUUCUCAACUUACUUUGGGGAAAUUUCGAGUUUGCGUGCAGAGGCAUUGGCCCCGGUAAUGUGGUCCAUUUGUGCGUUCAAAAGGGGUUUAUCGAUAGAAGCAAAUAGGGUGGCGGACAGUUUGGCAAAGGUGGGUGCGUCCAGGCAUAACAGGAAUGUCACCAUUUAUGAUGACUUCAAUGCAAUUCCAAGACAGACGCGAGGGGAAAUUCGCAUAAACAGAUACAGAAGAUGGUGCUCUCGUACCAGUUGCUUAGCUCUUCAUCAAUUGGGAUUUCCAAACUUUCAUAGAGUUACAAUGUAG